CUCUUUUGCAGGAAGCUUAAAAUACUGCCACCAUGACUGACUCGAAGUAUUUCACCACUAAUAAAAAAGGAGAGAUAUUUGAGUUGAAGGCUGAACUGAAUAAUGAAAAGAAAGAGAAAAGGAAAGAAGCAGUUAAGAAAGUCAUUGCUGCUAUGACAGUCGGCAAGGAUGUGAGUUCACUGUUUCCAGAUGUGGUGAACUGCAUGCAGACUGACAACCUGGAGUUGAAGAAGCUGGUUUAUCUUUACCUCAUGAAUUACGCCAAGAAUCAGCCUGACAUGGCCAUUAUGGCUGUCAACAGCUUUGUCAAGGAUUGUGAAGAUCCUAACCCCUUGAUUAGAGCUCUGGCAGUCCGUACAAUGGGCUGCAUACGUGUGGAUAAAAUAACAGAGUAUCUUUGUGAGCCUCUCCGCAAGUGUUUGAAAGAUGAAGAUCCGUAUGUUCGGAAAACCGCUGCUGUCUGUGUGGCCAAACUGCACGAUAUCAAUGCUCAGAUGGUAGAGGAUCAAGGCUUCCUGGAUUCACUGCGAGACCUAAUUGCUGACUCAAACCCCAUGGUUGUUGCAAAUGCUGUGGCAGCGCUGUCUGAGAUUAGUGAAUCCCAUCCCAACAGCAACCUGCUUGACCUCAAUCCUCAGAACAUCAACAAACUCAUCACCGCUCUUAAUGAGUGCACCGAGUGGGGUCAGAUCUUCAUACUUGACUGCCUGUCAAACUACAACCCCAAGGAUGAGCGGGAGGCACAGGGUAUCUGUGAGCGUGUGACUCCACGACUUUCUCAUGCAAACUCUGCAGUUGUGCUUUCAGCUGUCAAAGUGUUGAUGAAAUUUAUUGAGCUUCUUCCUAAGGAUUCUGAAUAUUACAACACCAUUCUGAAGAAGCUGGCUCCUCCUCUUGUCACCCUUCUGUCUGGGGAGCCAGAGGUCCAAUAUGUAGCUUUGAGAAAUAUCAACCUUAUUGUACAGAAAAGGCCUGAAAUUCUGAAGCAGGAGAUAAAGGUGUUCUUUGUGAAGUACAAUGACCCAAUCUAUGUGAAACUGGAGAAACUGGACAUCAUGAUCCGUCUGGCCUCUCAGGCGAACAUUGCCCAGGUCCUGGCAGAGCUGAAAGAGUAUGCCACCGAAGUUGAUGUUGACUUUGUGCGGAAAGCAGUUCGUGCCAUUGGCCGCUGUGCCAUCAAAGUUGAGCAAUCUGCUGAACGUUGUGUGAGCACGCUGCUUGAUCUCAUUCAGACCAAAGUGAAUUAUGUCGUCCAGGAGGCUAUUGUGGUCAUAAGGGAUAUCUUCCGCAAGUAUCCCAACAAGUAUGAGAGCAUCAUUGCAACCUUGUGUGAAAACUUAGAUUCACUUGAUGAACCGGAUGCACGGGCAGCCAUGAUCUGGAUUGUGGGUGAAUACGCAGAACGAAUCGACAACGCUGAUGAACUGUUGGAAAGCUUCCUGGAUGGCUUCCAUGAUGAAAGUACCCAGGUGCAAUUGACCCUGCUUACGGCAAUUGUGAAAUUAUUCUUGAAGAAGCCAACCGAUACUCAGGAGCUGGUCCAGCAGGUCCUCAGUCUGGCAACACAGGAUUCUGAUAAUCCUGAUCUCCGUGACCGUGGUUACAUUUACUGGCGCUUGCUGUCCACAGACCCUGUGGCGGCAAAAGAGGUAGUGCUGUCUGAAAAACCACUGAUCUCUGAAGAGACUGACUUGAUAGAACCAACCCUGCUGGAUGAGCUCAUCUGUCAUAUCGGCUCAUUGGCAUCCGUUUACCACAAACCUCCAAAUGCAUUUGUGGAGGGUAGCCACGGGAUCCAUCGCAAGCACCUGCCAAUGCAAGUUGGAGGAAUUGAGCCUGAUAGUCCAGUUGGGCCAACCCCUGCAGCAAACUUGACUUUGGAGCAACAACCUCAAGUUAUUCCAUCCCAAGGUGACCUUCUGGGUGACCUGCUGAACCUUGACCUGGGACCCCCUGUCAAUGUACCACAGAUGUCUUCAAUGCAGAUGGGAGCUGUGGAUCUUUUGGGAGGUGGACUAGACAGUUUGCUUGGGGGCGAUCUUGGCGGGCCUACUGGUGGGAGUCCAGCGGUUGGUCAAAGCUUUAUACCAUCUUCAGUGCCAACUACAUUUGGGCCAUCACCAACCCCUGCUGUGCCGAGCAGUGGCCUGAGUGAUCUGUUUGAACUGUCAACUGGAAUUGGAAUGGCAACUGGAGGCUUUGUGGCUCCCAAAGCUGUAUGGUUACCCGCAGUGAAGGCUAAAGGCUUGGAGAUUGCUGGCACCUUUUCCCGACGGCAGGGUCACAUUUACAUGGAAAUGAGCUUCACAAACAAGGCUUUACAGCACAUGGUUGACUUUGCCAUUCAGUUCAAUAAGAAUAGCUUUGGGGUGAUCCCCACAACUCCACUUCCGAUUCACACUCCAUUGAUGCCAAAUCAGAGCAUUGAGGUCUCCUUACCACUGAAUACCAUUGGCCCAGUGAUGAAAAUGGAACCGCUGAAUAACCUUCAGGUUGCUGUGAAAAACAACAUUGACGUCUUCUAUUUCAGCUGUCUGAUUCCACUGAAUGUGCUGUUUGUGGAGGAUGGGAAAAUGGAGCGCCAGGUCUUCCUUGCCACUUGGAAAGACAUCCCCAAUGAAAAUGAGCUUCAGUUUCAAGUUAAAGACUGCCAUCUAAAUGCAGGUGCGUGGAUAAUUUCAGGAUAAGAUGCUGCAUUUGCACAGUGUUGAUGCAAAUAUUUAAUUUCAGUACAUCAAAGCUUCUAUGAUUUUCAAAAAUGGGUCCACAGUGUUCUUGUCAUACAUCUAACUACUUUGCUAACUAGAGC